AUGUCCUCCGACAAAUCCUCCCACAAACGUUCCAAAAGCUCUCGCGUCCUCAAUCUGCUGCGUACUAGCGACCACGUUCCCAAGGACAGUGGCUCAGAAACCGAGUCUCCAGUCAAUACGACCACUUCGACCGCGGGGCCUUUCUCUGCCACAGCUUCGACCAGUGCAUCGCAUCUAACGCCUGCCGAUGGCCCUCGACUGGCGCCCUUGUCAACCACAACCACAAGAACGUCACAAUUGACCAUGGAUACCUCCGAACUCUCCACCAGCCCAGACUCCUCUCAUAAGGUCUCUUCAGGCUCCGGACCUGCGUCUGGCGCAUCAAUAGAAGACUCGGUGCGGACCUUUCGCGUCUUUGAGGUUCUGCGCGGCAAGGACCCCGCCGCAAUAUCAAAGGCCAUUCAAGAGUCAAUCCCUUCCGCCGCCAAUUUGAGUCCGAUUCCCGGUACAACAAUCCUUCAUUUGUCCAUACAGUGCGCAGAGCCCCAGGUGGUAGAACAGAUCAUAAACGAAGGCAAGGGCCUGGACAUCAAUGCCCAAGACAAGGAAGGAAAUACUGCAUUACACCUGGCGGCCCAGCUUGGCCGGUCACCUGUGGUGAAAGACCUCCUCGAACACCCUGACAUCAAUGACGCCAUUUCCAAUAGACAGGGCAAGAUCCCCAUUGAUCUAGCAAGGACUCCAGAAAUCUUCCAGCAACUGCAGCUCGCCCGCGCCAUCUUCCUCGACGACAAGAUCAAGGAGAUCCAUGCCUGCCUGGCAAAGGCAGAUUACAAACAUAUUGAGAAGCUUCUCAUCGAGCCCCGGGUCGAGGGUACCCUGGACGUCAAUGCAUUGGAGCUACCUACAGAACCUAACACCGUCCAGACUGGAGGCACUUUAUUGCAUGAGGCUGCUCGAAAGAAAGAUAUCCAACUCGCCCAGAUUCUACUCUUGCACGGCGCCGAUCCGUUUAGACGCGACCGGAAAGGGAAGCUGCCGCAGGAUGUGACAAAGGAUGACCGUACAAGAGCGAUCUUGAAAAAGUCACCUGCUGCCGCUGCCGCUCAACGAGGCGUUCAAGAGAAGGCUAUCCUGGGCAAUACCCCCACCGCAGCCAGAACCACUGGUGCCAGUGAUACAACGAAAGAUGCUCGAGAGAUGAAAGGCUAUCUCAAGAAGUGGACCAAUUAUACGAGUGGAUAUAAACUCCGCUGGUUUGUUCUCGAAGAUGGUGUUCUCAGCUAUUACAAACAUCAAGAUGAUGCCGGCUCCGCCUGUCGUGGAGCCAUUAACAUGCGUAUUGCCAGAUUACAUAUGGAUGCACAAGACAAGACUCGCUUCGAGAUCCACGGGAAAUCAUCCGUCAAAUACCACCUGAAAGCCAAUCAUGUGGUCGAGGCCAAGAGAUGGUUCUGGGCUCUCAAUAAUGCCAUUCAAUUCACCAAGGAUGAGGCCAAGGAAGAGAAACGACGGACCCAUGACGUCGACGCGUUGCGGCAUAAAUCCGAUGGUGCAGAAAGCAGUGCUGUGAGUGUCAGGUCUAAACAUGCCUCCACCAACCUUGGAGUUCAAGGCUCCUCGUCCAAGCUGAGCUUUCGCUCGGAUCAAGAGGCCGCAUACGACUCCUAUGAAGCCAGUGUGGUUGGUGAAGAGCUCCAACGUAUUCCGACAAAUGCCCAUACCGCUACUAUCGGUGACGAUGAUGAUGACGCCGAUGGUGACGACGGGAGUAGCCAUGAAGUCCAUCACCCGGGAAGUAAAGAUGCUUUCAACAUCACUGCCCAAUCUGCCAAGCUGCAGCUCGACCUGCUCUCUAGAGUGUCUGAUGCACUCAUCAACCGUGGAUCCUCAAAGCCCGAAACCACUCUUGCUGAUCCAGACGUUUCGCAAGCACUGCAUACCUACCAGACCGCCGUUAGCAGUCUGAACGGAUUGGUUGCAGACCUAUUGAAGAUCUCCAAAGAUCGCGAUGCUUAUUGGCAAUACCGACUUGACCGAGAUGCCGAUGCUCGGAAGAUGUGGGAAGAAAGUAUGGCCAAGAUCGCAUACGAGCAUGAAGAUCUAAAGAAGUACAUUGCCGAGUCUGAGGAUAAGCGAAAGCGUACCAAGCGAGCCCUAAAGGAAGCUCUUGAAGGUCAAUCUACAAGCCGUCCUCCCUCUCUGGCACAAGAGCCCUCGGAUCAUGUUCAAUUCGCCGAGGCAGUAGAAGAUCAGAUACAUAUCCGUCCUGAAGCUCAAAUUUCAACACGUGACCGGUCGCGGAGAAUGUCCAUCACCAGGGAAGGCAAUCGACGAAAGUCCAUCAUUGCUCAAUACACAAACAUUUCGGACUCUGAGUCUGGAGAUGACGAGGAAUUCUUCGAUGCAAUCGACGCUGGCAAGGUCGAGAUCGUCGAGCACCCACUGCUCAGUCCGCCACCAGUACAGUUGGCCGUGGGCAGCAAGAAGGAAAAAGAAACAGAGCCUUUCUCUCAAUCUGACGCCAGGGCCAUGAAGCAAAUGGAGAUCGAACCAUCAUACGCAGGAUAUGAGGAUGGUAUUCGCAAGAGGCUGAAGAUGGACGCAGAUGACCGUCCGAAGAUUUCCCUUUGGGGUAUUCUGAAGUCUAUGAUUGGCAAGGACAUGACCAAGAUGACCCUACCCGUCUCCUUCAACGAGCCCACGUCGCUUCUUCAGCGUGUCGCUGAGGACAUGGAGUAUGCCGAUCUGCUCGAUAUUGCAGCGGACAGGCCUGAUACGACUGAACGACUUGUCUAUGUCGCCGCUUUUGCGGCGUCCGAGUAUGCAAGUACUAUUGGCCGUGUUGCCAAACCUUUCAACCCACUACUAGGUGAGACUUAUGAAUAUGUCAGGCCCGAUAAGGGGUAUCGGUUCUUCAUCGAACAAGUCUCACACCACCCACCCAUUGGAGCGGCAUAUGCUGAGUCCGCUCGAUGGGACUACUGGGGUGAAUCAGCAGUCAAGUCGAAGUUCUACGGCAGGUCGUUCGACAUCAACCCUCUGGGAACAUGGUUUCUACGCUUGCGACCCUCGGAUGGUGGACCAGCCGAACUUUAUACCUGGAAGAAGGUAACCAGCUCAGUCGUCGGCAUUAUCACCGGCAACCCAACUGUGGACAACUACGGUCCGAUGGAGAUCAAGAAUUGGACCACCGGUGAAGUCUGCCUCCUUGAUUUUAAACAACGAGGCUGGAAAGCCAGCUCCGCGUACCAAGUGACGGGCAAAGUAACGGGUGUGGACGGCGUCACCAAAUGGAGCAUUGGAGGCAGAUGGAACGACAAGAUCUACGCGCGCGUCACCGAGGGUUUCGAAGACGAAGCAGUCGGCCAAGCCGGCGCACCCAGUCACGCCAAAUCCAUCAGCCAGUCCGGCCAACAGGCCUUCCUGGUCUGGGAAGCGCACAAACGGCCCACCGGGAUCCCCUUCAACCUGACACCCUUCGUUGUGACCCUCAACGCCGUCCCCGACGCCCUGCGCGCCGUGCUCCCACCGACGGACACGCGCCUCCGCCCCGACCAACGCGCCAUGGAAGACGGCGAGUACGACUUCGCCGCGACGGAGAAGAACCGUGUCGAGGAGAAGCAGCGCGCCGCCCGCCGGCAGCGCGAGAACGCCGGUGAAGAGUGGCGGCCCAAGUGGUUCGAGAAGAGGACCGACGAGGUGACUGGCGAGAGCUACUGGCAUAGUACGGGACAGUAUUGGGAGCACCGCAAAGAGCGCGAUUGGAAGGUUUGCGACGAUAUCUUUUAG